UCUGCCCUCUCGGUUCUGUGCCCGGUUCCCUGCAUUUCUUACUUUUUAAUUUGUUUUCUUUACCGCGGAGCGCCCCGUCCGCGCCCACUCCUGCACUGCGCCGACCUCCUCCCGCCCCGCAAGUCCGGUCCCGCGCGCGUGGUGCAGCCCCGGCUGGAGCGGCGAUGCGCCUCAUCCAGAACAUGUGCACCAUAGCCGAGUACCCUGCCCCCGGCAGCGCCUCUGCCGCCGAUUGUUGCCUAGGGGCCGCCGGCCGCAGGCUGGUCAAGAUCGCCGUGGUGGGAGCCAGCGGCGUGGGCAAGACCGCUCUGGUGGUCCGGUUCCUCACCAAACGAUUCAUUGGUGACUACGAAAGAAACGCAGGUAAUCUCUAUACCAGACAAGUCCAGAUAGAAGGUGAAACCCUGGCGAUUCAAGUUCAGGAUACUCCAGGUAUUCAGGUCCACGAGAAUGGCCUGAGUUGCAGUGAACAGCUGAAUCGGUGCAUUCGCUGGGCAGACGCCGUGGUGAUUGUUUUCUCUAUUACUGACCACAAGAGCUAUGAACUCAUUGGCCAGCUCCAUCAGCAUGUCCAGCAGCUCCAUCUGGGCACCCGGCUGCCUGUGGUGGUCGUGGCCAACAAAGCUGACCUAUUGCACAUCAAGCAGGUUGACCCUCAGCUUGGACUUCAGCUGGCCAGUGUGCUGGGCUGUUCCUUCUAUGAAGUGUCUGUCAGUGAAAAUUACAAUGAUGUCUACAAUGCUUUCCAUGUCCUAUGCAAAGAAGUGAGUCACAAACAGCAGCCCAGCAGCACACCGGAGAAACGAAGAACCUCUCUCAUUCCCAGGCCCAAGUCACCAAACAUGCAGGACCUGAAGAGGAGGUUCAAGCAAGCUCUCUCUGCCAAAGUGAGAACUGUCACCUCUGUCUGAAGCAGGCCACUCCAGGGGAUUUGGUGUUCCCGGGAAGAGGGCCUGAGGUUCUUCCAGUGCAGGAAUGUUGGAUGUUGGAUGUAGUUCAUGGUUCCAGAAAGGGCUGGAGCAGAGGUGCCCAGAGGGCCUAAGGAACUGCUACAGAAAAGGAAGUGUUGUUUGGAGCAGGGGAUAGGAGGACAGAUGGAUGAGGCUUGAGUGAGCCCAUCGAGCCGCUCUGAAUUAUGUGACAUAUACUGUGUCUUUCCCUUUCGAGUGAAGAGGGGAGCAGACUGGCUUUGGCUUUUGUUCUUUGCCUUGUAAAUGAUGGUCAGUUGUAGUUUCACCAAAUAUAUUGAUGUGAUUAAUAGUGGGAAGGAAAGAACAAAUUAAGCAUUCACAGCACCCCCCCCCCCUUUUUUUCUUUCUCCCCCUCCCCCUUUCCUGUUGGAUCAGUAUGAUUUGCAUUUUUGGAACACCCUUCCUUACAGAAUACCUUUCAAACUUGAAGGAUACCCAGAUUUCUUUAAGAACAAGGAGGAGGCUCCCCCACCACCACCCCAUACACACACACAAAAGGUGGAGUUUAUGGGCCAAAAUAUUCUGUAUACAGACAGCGUAAGCUGUGGUUUUCAGGAAGGUGCUGGCUCUCCUGACACAGAAUGGGCAUGCCUGGUUGGACAUGUGUGAAUAGCUGUGAACUCAAAACAACCGAAACCCAGACAGACUAAUUGUGAGACUGUGUAGUUUGGUUUUUUUUUUUUUUUUUUUAACUGUUGCUUGAAGUACACAGAAACAAAACUUGUCAAUUGAUUUUGGUGUGAUUCAAUUCAGUGGCUCACGGCAAUGACGUUAGGUUGAUUCCUCAGCCUGGCUGAAUCGUGGCUUUGGGUGGCUAACGUACAAAACACUAUGUUGCAGAAAGUGACCAGAUGCCGUGGCUACCCACCAAAUCCCCUACCACAGAUGCACUUUAAAAAGCCACUCAUGUUUUG